AUGCUCAACUCCUUGAGUUUUCAAGCUUCAAACCACCCACCCAUUUCUCUAACCUCCACCAAUCCUUUCCCCAUCAACAACACUCCCUCACAACAACAACCUAACCUCUCCUUCACAAAACCCGCAGCACUUCCCAAACUCAUCUCUUCUUUUUCCUCCCACUCACCUCAACCUCAACCGCCACAUUACAUAUCCACCGUUGGAUCCUCAUCGCUCAGCUCCUCCCAAUGGAACCUCACCCAACGCCACCUCACUCUCCUCCAAACCUCCGCCGUCGUGACGGCGAUAUUUACAACGUGGCUUUUUGGUUCUGCAAUUCCCACGCUUCUGGCUUUCAAGAAAGCAGCGGAAUCACUUGAGAAGGCUAUGGACACAGCAAGAGAGGAACUUCCUGAUACCAUGGCUGCAGUUAAAUUAUCAGCCAUGGAAAUCAGCGACUUAACCACCGAACUCAGUGAUUUUGGACAAGAGAUUACCCAAGGUGUUAGAAGCUCCACUCGCGUGGUUCGCUCGGUGGAGCAGGGGAUUCGCGGUUUAACCUCUAUGCCUUCUUCUUCAGCUUCUUCGCAGGGAAUGAAAUACAGCCCCUAUACUGAGCCUGAUUCAGAUGCACUUGCGGCGGGAAGAACCGCAAGAGGCAUGAAAGAGGGUAUUAUUAAGGGUCGUUCUAUAUUGAAGAUAUGUUUCUCGCUUGUCAAAUUUUCAAGUUUUGCUCUCAACUUCAUCACCAGACGUGGAAAAAGGUAG